AUGUCCUGGCCUGCACCUGCUUUGGAAUGCCCUGGCGUGAAAGGCUCGUGGACACCGGUUGGUGACACCCAAGAGCGAAUUGCUUUGGGCUAUGCAAAACGGGUUGCGAUUUUGUCUGCUGAAAGAAAUUAUUCAGGUAACAUUACUGGGCAUACACGAUAUUUUGUUAGCCUAGGCUGCAGCAUCUUGCUGCCGAUCCUAUGUCCACCUUUGGACGUGCCAUGCGCAGCAACCGCACCACGUCCGUAUUCGACAACACACUACUGCGGUGCGUACGCAGUACGCGCGGGCCCUGGUGCACGCUGA